GUGAAAAAAAAAUUCCCAAAAAUUUCCCAUUCCCCCAAAAAAAGUAUUCCAUCUCGAGUGAGAAAAAAAAAAAUAAAAACCCACAAAAAAACAUUUUUUUUUUAAUUAAAAGAAAAAUGAAUUAGUUAAGUUUUGAAUUCCGUUCCAUGUAAUUUUUUAUAUUAUAUAUAUCCUCGUUGUUGUUGUUGGUUGUUGUUGGUUGUAUAUGUGCUCUGCUGCUGCUGCUCUGGAUGCCCGCUGUGAGAGUAAACAUAUAUGAUAAUAAUAUUUCAAAAAAAGAAAUGAGAUGAAAGAAAAACAAAAAAAAUAUUCCACACACUGUUGUUCUGUUCGCGAUAUAUUACACUCUUGUUUGUAGAUUCUUCUCUGUUGCCCCCCUCCCCUCCCCCCAUCAUAUUAUUAUUAUUAUCAAAAAAAGGAGAAAGAAAGAAGAGAGAGAGAGUUUAUUAUAUAGGCCCAAGUAUUAUUAUGUAUACAGCAAUUAUCAUUUAAUAGGCUCUCUAUAUCAUUUGAUAUAUAUUAUAACCCCAUCUCAACAACAAACAAACAACCCCCCUCCCCCACAAACCAACCAAUUCGAAAAUAUAUAACAACAACAAAAAAAAAACUAGUCAAAGUUGGACAGCGUAGAAUCACUUGCAGCUAAUUAUUUUCAAUUUAACGUGCAAUCAUGUCCAGUCAACGUGGCCAAAGUAGUCAUGGGUCUAAAGCACCUAUUGAUCUGGAUCAAACUUGGUCGGACCUCUUACAAGGCAUUGAAAAAGUUUAUAAUAAACAUGUGAUGUCUAUAAAACAAUAUAUGGACCUUUACACGCACGUAUAUGAUUAUUGUACCAACGUAAGUUGGGUAAAUAAUCUAGAUAGUAAAGAAAAUUCAGUUUCUAUCCCAUCUGCAGCUACCAGUAAAGCCAAAACGAGUCAGGCUUCUGGUGGAGCUCAAUUUGUGGGCCAUGAGCUGUAUAAGAGAUUAAAAGACUACCUCAAGUCUCACAUAAUCAAUGUUCUUAAGAAUGGAGUUGACUACAUGGAUGAGCCUGUUCUCAAGUUUUAUACUCAGCAAUGGGAGGAGUAUCAGUUUAGUUCAGAGGUUUUAAAUGGAGUUUGUGCCUAUUUGAACCGACACUGGGUGAAGCGAGAAUGUGAAGAAGGACAGAAAGGAAUUUACGAAAUUUAUCAGUUGGCUCUUGUGACAUGGAGAGAGAAUUUGUUUCGUCAUCUUCACAAACAGGUUACGAAUGCUGUGCUAAAACUAAUUGAACGAGAACGAAACGGUGAACCUAUUAAUACCCGUUUAGUUAGUGGUGUGAUGAACUGCUACGAUGAACUUGGUUUGAACGAAGAGGAUCAGACGGCAAAGGGGCAGAAUUUAUCUGUUUAUAAAGAUUCAUUCGAGAAUUCAUUCUUAGAGGAUACAGAGCGCUUCUAUACCCGGGAAAGCGCUGAAUUUCUACGGCACAACCCAGUGACUGAGUACAUGAAACGUGCCGAACAGCGGUUAGCUGAGGAGCAAAAACGAGUGCAGACUUAUUUGCAUGAAGCAUACCUUGACAAGCUGAGCAAAACUUGUGAAAAAGUCCUUAUAGAAAAACAUUUAGAGAUCUUUCAGGUGGAAUUUCAACACCUCCUUGCAGACGACAAGCAUGAUGAUCUCGGAAGAAUGUACCAGUUGGUCUCACGCAUAUCAGAUGGAUUAACAAAAUUGCGAACACUUCUUGAAGAUCACAUAACCCAGCAAGGUUUGUCUGCCAUCGAACGCGAAGGAGAAGCCGCCCACAAUGAUCCUAAGGUUUACGUUACUACCAUUCUGGAUGUCCACCGCAAAUAUAACGCCCUCGUUAUGUCGGCGUUCCAUAAUGAUGCCGGAUUUGUGGCUGCAUUGGACAAAGCUUGCGGAAAGUUCAUCAAUAGCAAUGCCGUGACAAAGGCCGCCAACUCCUCGUCGAAAUCGCCAGAACUACUGGCCAAAUACUGUGAUCUUUUGCUGAAAAAGAGCGCGAAAAAUCCCGAAGAGGCCGAGUUAGAGGAUACGCAAAAUCAAGUGAUGGUGGUCUUCAAGUAUAUUGAAGACAUAGACGUAUUCCAAGGGUUCUACUCCAAAAUGCUGGCUAAGCGUUUGGUGCAGCAUAUGUCGGCUUCAGACGACGCUGAAGCAUCAAUGAUCUCCAAGUUAAAGCAAGCCUGUGGCUUCGAGUACACUUCGAAGCUUCAGCGUAUGUUUCAAGACAUUGGAGUCAGUAAAGAUCUCAACGAACAAUUUAAGCGACAUCUGGCCAACUCUGCUGAACCACUCGACAUCGAUUUCAGUAAUCAGGUCCUGCCAUCUGGUUCUUGGCCGUUUCAGCAAUCAGUCAACUUUUCUCUUCCAUCCGAACUCGAGCGCUCCGUCCAACGUUUUACUACUUUUUACAGCAGCCAGCACAGUGGGCGCAAACUGCACUGGCUCUAUCAAAUGUCUAAAGGCGAAUUAGUCACCAACUGUUUCAAAAAUAGAUACACACUUCAGGCAUCAACUUUACAAAUGGCUGUACUUUUGCAAUAUAAUGUUUCAACAUCUUGGACAGCCAAUCAGUUAAGUGAUGCAACUGGAAUCAAAAUGGAUUUACUACUGCAGGUGGCGCAGAUUUUCUUAAAAUUGAAGCUCUUGUCGUCCGAAGAUGACGAAAAUGAUUUGCAACAAACUUCUCAGCUCUCUCUCUUUGUUGGAUACAAAAACAAAAAGUUGCGUGUUAACAUCAACAUUCCAAUGAAGGCUGAAUUGAAACAAGAGCAAGAAGCCACGCAACGGCAUUUAGAAGAGGAUCGAAAGCUACUGAUCCAAGCGGAAAUUGUACGCAUCAUGAAGAUGCGCAAAGUACUAGAACACAAACAGUUACUGGCUGAGGUCCUUAAUCAGAUAUCGUCUCGUUUCAAGCCAACAGUGCACAUAAUUAAGAAAUGUAUUGACAUUCUGAUCGAAAAGGAAUAUUUGGAGAGAACCGAAGGACAGAAGGAUACUUAUUCCUAUCUCGCAUGACUUCUCAGUCCUGUGAGCUUUUCCUUAACUUUUGCCAUUUUUUGCGUGUUACUUAUACACUAGAAAAAUGGAAGUAGAGGAGAGAGACAGAGUUUUCACGGUUGUUGCCGCUGGUCAACAGCGAUUUUUGUACAAGGAUAAGAACCGUGACCAAUUCUAGGAACAAAAGACGCUCACAGAGUUGAUCAUAUGACUCUUGUUUAGCAUACCCAUUUCUGUCUUGACUCCCCAUCUUAAAUUUACUUCUUUUUCUCGUUUUCUGUUCUACUGCACUUUAAAAUUCGGCAUUUUUUUUUCUCUUGAGUCUUGAGUUAGUGAGUUACACACUUUUAUCGCGUUCCGGAGGUUAUCAUUUUUUCGAUUGUUAGUGGGUGCGAAUGGGUCUAUGUGUGAAGUCCUGCUAAUUAUCACAAAUAAAAUUGAAGUUAUUUCAUA